CCCCACUCCCAUUGUCGUCUCCACAACUUCAAUUCAUUCCUCUUCUCAAAUCAAUCAGCUGCUACCUAUCCCAUGGCAGAAAGAUCGCCGUCAUCCACCACGAUUCUCAGAAGAUCAGUCUUUACAUUUCUGCAGAACUACCAGUUCUUCACCACCACAGCAGCAUUCCUGGCUUUCCCGUUUGCAGCCUCACUUCUCCUUCUCCGAUCAUCCUUCCUUAUCUCCGCCUCCGCCGCCGCCUCAUCGUCCUCUUUCCGGCGGCUAAUUCACGCCCGAAUUCACUCUCUUUUCCUUGCUGCCGGCUUCCCCCCUUCCUCAAUCCUCCAAGCAAAGAUCUCCCAGACCAUCUGCGUCUCUGUUCUUGCCAUCCCGUCCACACUUUCCUCAUUCCUCUUCAGCAAAGCCGCCGUGAUUCUCGCUCUGGAAGAUCAAGAACGCCCCAAGAACCCGCCUUUUUUCUCCUUUGUCAAAAUUUACGGCCCGUUAGUUCAUACCCAGAUCUGCAAUUCCUUACUCGCCCUCUGUGUAAAUGCAACCUGCUUCUCAUUCAUGUUCAUAGCCUUCACUCUGGCUGAUGGAUUGGGCCUUUCAUACUAUUUCCCCGGGUUCACCCUCUUUCUUUCUGCCAUUGGAGGUCUGGUUUUCUCCAUAGCUAUUGCCUGCACCUUCAUCAUCUGCAACCUCACAUUGAUUAUAACAGGAGUGAACAAAAACAAUGGAGGAUUCAUCGAAGCUGUCAAGAAAGCAUCAUCAUGUGUUAUGAUGGUCAGGGGAAGGACGGCAACAGUGCUGUCAUUAGCCAUGAUCAUCAAUGCUGCACUUGCUGCGGUUGAGGCUCUGUUUCAGUACAGAAUAGUGAUGAGGGCUUAUCAUCGUGAAGAUGAAGAAACCAUUUGGAAUUUCCCAGCGGGUGUGGCACUAGAGGGAAUGUUGAUAGCCUAUUUGUACGCUCUUGUCCAUGUUCUUGACACCAUUGUUGGCUAUUUUUAUCUUCAAAUAUGUCAAGAUGGAAGCUUGCCAUCCCAGCUGCCAAUUCAAUAUAUCUUCAAAAAUUGCUGGAGAAGAAUUGCAAUACUAUAAUUUAAUUAGUAACAAAUACAAUUUCAGAAAAAUGUUCCAUUCAAUUCAUGUGAUUACUUCCGCCUUCAAUUCAGUUCACAUUUUAGAUGUCAAAUAAACAGAAAAUAUUUUC